AUGAAGCUGGGACAAACGUCGAGGACGUUUCGGAGGAAGAGAAGCAGUCCUGUUGCUUAUCAGAUGAAAUGGCUCUCCGAUUGGCUGACUUGGCUGUCAAGAUUGAAAAAUGCUACAGAUCUCAUCGAGAUAUCGAAUGGGGUUUUUGGAAAAAGAAUCUCUACAUAUUUCAGUCUCGACCAGUAACCAGUGGGUUUGGAGAAACUGACUAUGAAAUCGAUCAUGAAAUGGAUGCACAUUUGAGAAUUGAAGAUGAAUUCUUUACAGUGGCGAACGUUGGAGAAGUAAUGCCUGGUGCUCAGUCUCCUUUAAACUUGGAUGUGUUAUUCAAAUUCAUGCGUUUGAGUUUCCUG